CUGAAAUAAGGUUAUCCAAUGGUUGCGGUUAGCCCAAUACGGGCCUGCUUGGGUAAAGCUGUUAAUUUCCUCAGCAGCCCGCUUCCUCACCGGCGAGGUAACAUGGCGGCUGUUCCCGGAGCCAUAGUUGAACUGCAGAGAAAUUCAUCCAAAUGGGGCAAAGUCGUUGACGAAAUAGUAAGAAUAGAGAAAAGGGUCUUCCCAAAACACGAAUCUCUGGCCCAAUCGUUCGAUGAAGAACUUAGUAAGAAGAAUGGCGGCCUGCUAUACAUGGUGGAUGGAGAGGGAGAAGUUGCUGGAUAUGUCAUGUAUUCUUGGCCCUCUUCCCUUUUUGGUUGCAUCACCAAAUUAGCAGUGAAGGAGAAGUAUAGGAGGGGAGGCUUUGGAGAAGCAUUACUUAAGGAAGCAAUUCAAAAGUGCAGAAGGAGAAAUGUUCAGCGCGUGUCUCUCCAUGUCGAUCCCUCAAGAGUUCCAGCAGUGAAGCUAUACGAGAAACUUGGUUUCCGUGUGGAUACACUUGUUGAAGGCUAUUAUUCUGCUGAGAGAAGUGCCUAUAGAAUGUAUAUCGAUUUUCCGCCGGAAUAAUACCCAAGUGAUAUUGAUAAUGUUUGUAUGUUAUAUUAUACAUGAUUCCGAGGCCUCUUUUUUCCAGAUACAAGAAAAAUCCUCGUUACAGAAGCUAAGGUCUCAUUAUGUCUAAACAGAAAGCCAACCAGUAAUAAAACAAUAUAUGAGUAGGAACUUGGUAUUUGCUAACGUUUUCUAAAGUCAAAACAAUAAAAAAAGAGAAGU